AUGCGCCUCGAGGAGUGUCAGCACAAGGCCCUCUUAGGCUUUGCAGCCUUUACCACAUUGUACGCUGUAGCAGAGCCCAUACUCCGACCGAUCCGCCGAGACUGUGAGCCGGCAGACUUUGAUCCUGUGAAAGAGCUCCUGCACGCCAUUACGCUCGGCAGAAGUACGACGACUUUUGUUCGAAACCAGCUUGCAUCACAACCCUGGUUGGACUCAAUGGUGGUGUCGAAGUUCAGUACUGUUCGAAACGAGCUUGUGGACAACCUAGAGCUGCGGUUUCCACAGCUUGCUCUAAUCCGGGACCUGGUAGAACGCCACUGCAAGAAUGAGCAGAAGCAUGCAUGUCUCCAGGCCAUCACGACACUUUUUAACGAUAUUGCGUUUCUUGUGGACAAUGCAGGAGAUCCUCAACAGAUGAAGGUUAUCUGGGGUUGGGGCAACGAAGUUGACGCUGUGUUCCUGGCUAUGUGCUCGAAGCGGAACGCAGUGGCCCUUGUAAUUUUGGCGCACUAUGCUGUUCUCAUCAGUCUAAACACGGGCCUUUGGCACUUGCGGGGCUGGCCAGCGGCGCUUCUGCGGCACAUCGAGACCCUUCUCAUGGGAGAGUGGGACGAAGGACUUGACUGGCCUAGACAGGUGAUAUCUGGUGCAGCUACCUCAUGGACCAGCGCCUCCCCUUCUAUUACAGUGCCCACUACAGCAGAAUGCUAG